AUGGAAUCCAAAACUGAUUUUCCAAGUACUACCAUCUCAAGUGAAGGAGAUAAGAAGUCGAACAGCAAUUCGCGUAGAGGACGCGGAUCGCGUAAGAAGAAGGAGGAGCAAUGGCGUGAGAAAGUAGGCCAGAAAAUACAAAACGAACGACAGGAGGCGUUCCGUAACAAGUAUGCUCAAGGAUCGGCAAUAUACGAAGCAUUAGAAAGGAUGGCUCAGCAGCCCCAAUCCCGCGCAGUCCCACUGACAGUUUCCACUCGAGGAGUUGGAAUCGCAGCUUCACUCCAGUACCACCACAUGUCAACCACAGGGAACAUACAAGCAAUUGAACAGAUCUGUACCAUAUAUCAAUUCACAUUAAUAUAUUUAAUAGAAUCAAGUUAG